GAAGUAGAUUUGCCGUUCGUUCAGUUUUACCCAGAUCCCAGAUGAGCAUGUCAUCAUGACAACUACCUCCAAUUUGGCAUUCGCCUACAUUUACGUGUUCCCGUUCCUGUUGGAACUUCAUACUUUCCCUUUUGGAUGUAUGGAUAGAAAGGCGCCUUCAUUGUCCAAAACAGACAAGACAAAGCAAAAUACACAUUAAGACAACUCGCAGUAAUGUAAGUGGACAUCUGCAUUUUCCAAAGACUAUAGUAGGAAUAAUAUUUGAAUGCUGACAGAGGUGGAAUAGACGAACAGUUGAAACAUCACAAUUGCAUGCUAACUGCAUAAUCAUGGCUACGAAACGUCGACCUUUGCACGGUCAAGCGACCAAUAUGAACUUCAGACCCCCUGGUCCGGAGACGACCAAGGCAGAAGCCCGUGGGACACGGCCCACGGCUAAGCCUACCUCGAUCAAAGAAGUGCUCAUCAUGAUGGUGUUGCAUGUUUGCAAGAAAGCUAUAUUCUUCGACACCAACUUGAAAGUUGCUCUCUAUCUAGGCUGUCUUUUCUUUAUUUCCCUCAUAGGAGACUUUAUACCUUUCCCGAAGACCUACUUCGCGCGGUCCGACAACCUAUUCAAUGUUUACUUUGUUAAGAUGGGCUGGGCCUGGACCCUAGCAUUUAGUGGCCCGUUCCUGUUCAUGACGUCCUACACACUUUGUUGCGGAGACAUAGUCAAAUUUGCGAAACAUCACCUGCCUCGGAUUAUAAUAGCGACGGUUUUUUGGUUCGUGUGGACAAAAUUGUUCAACGUAGUCGAGGUGGCAUAUGGACGCUGUAAUGUGAAGAAUUUCUCCUCGAAAUCAAGCUGCCUAAAGGCAGGUCACUUUUGGCAUGGUUUCGAUAUUUCUGGCCACGCAUUCAUCCUCAUAUAUUCAAGCCUGGUUUUGAUAGAAGAGGCUAAACCCAUCAUCAAGUGGGAAUCAAUCAGUGAUUAUCUGCGCAACGAGCAGUACAGUCGGAGUGUGGCUGAAACUUCAAGUAACAAUCCUCUGCGACACUUGUCCGACGAAGAAAUUCAAACGCUGAAAUAUUUAUACAAGCGCUACACGCCCGCCAUUCGCACACUCUUCAUUGGAAUGACCAUUUUGCAGGUGCUGUGGGACGUGAUGUUGGUCUGCACAAUGCUUUAUUAUCACAAAAUGAUCGAGAAAGUUGUAAGCGGGAUUGUAGCAAUCCUAACAUGGUUUUUUACUUAUCGUGCCUGGUACCCGUCGACGAGCUUACUUCCUGAUCCUGCUGGCAGCGGAAACUUCACAUAUCAACGGGGAAAGGUUGAAUCCGUACCAAUGAGGCGCCAAUCUGUCUUGACACCUAGUGCAUCGUCUACAUCAACUUCUUCGUCGCGUCAACAAGUACCCAAGUUUAUGGGUAUGCCACUGUACACAGGCCCACCGGGACGGGCUACACAACAACAACCGAACCCUAGCGCAACGAAUCCUAGUUCAGUCAUCACAACCGACUUAGCCACUUGAUGCUCGCCUUGUUUUAAAUAUAAUAAAGCUAUUAGUUACCUAAGAAACAUUCAUUUAAAGGUUUCAUUCAUUUGCCCCAUAAUUGUUUAUUUAUUGGAGAUUCGUUAGUUGUAUUCGGUCUUGUUUUAAAUAUUAGUUUCACGGUUGCACGGCACACUUAACUUGUUAAAUUACUGUUGGUGGUUUGUUGGUCCUUUAUUGGGUUCAAUAAUGUGAAGGUUUUUAAUUUUUGUGUGGUCCCAAUGUUAAAUUGUCCUAAGGUGGAGAGUUCUGUAAAUAAAAAUGUAUUUGACAUAGAAA